AUGAAUGUGAGAGUAGACGACAUCGCGGCGUCUUCAUCUCUCGAGAUGAAGAGCUCGAGACUUCUGACUGAUGAACUGAAAGUGGAGGAGGAGGUGAAGGAGAAGGUGAAGGAGGAGGUGAAGGAGGAGGUGAAGGAGGAGGUGAAGGAGGAGGUGAAGGAGGAGGUGAAGGAGGAGGUGAAGGAGGAGGUGAAGGAGGAGGUGAAGGAGGAGGUGAAGGAGGAGGUGAAGGAGGAGGUGAAGGAGGAGGUGAAGGAGGAGGUGAAGGAGGAGGUGAAGGAGGAGGUGAAGGAGGAGGUGAAGGAGGAGGUGAAGGAGGAGGUGAAGGAGGAGGUGAAGGAGGAGGUGAAGGAGGAGGUGAAGGAGGAGGUGAAGGAGGAGGUGAAGGAGGAGGUGAAGGAGGAGGUGAAGGAGGAGGUGAUGGUGGUGAUGCUGUACGCGCGUGGCUGGGGUGCACUUUAA